UCUUUGGUUUUUGUAUAAAUUGAACCGGCGGGUUCCUUGCUGACUCUCAGAGAGUGGAGCCGCUCCUUGUCCUUUCGUCCUAGCAAGAGUUUCCUGCUUCUUCCCCAAAGCCUCUUAAGAUGAGAGUGUUCUUCAGCCUGAUUGUCUUCUCUUUCAUGCUGGCUACAUGUCAAGCAGCAUGCUUUAUGGAGGCCUUUGAACCUUACUUUAUGAACGGGAAGGAAGUGUGGCCAAACAAAUGUGUGGAUCGUUAUGAUGGAAAAGAACAUCCCAUUGGGUCCAAAUGGAAUACAGACGAUUGUUUAGAAUGCGAGUGCCUCAAAGUAGGAAUGUCAUGCUGCCACAGGUAUGGUGGUAUUGCCAAAGUGGAAGGCUGUAAAGCAGUGAUAAAUCCAAAAACAUGUAAAUAUGAAUUUUAUCGGCUUGAUGACCCAUCGAAGCGAUGUGAUGUCUGACCUUUUCACGUGGAGGAGCUGGAAUAAAUCUCUUAUGUAUAAAUGAAACUGAAUAAAUCUCUCACGAUCAGCGUC